GAGUCUCACAGUGGGGAUAAAGAAUUCUGUGGGAAGCUUUUCUGGGACACCUGCACGCGAAAAGUAGCCUCCAUUUGGUCACCGUGUUCGGGAUCUUGGGCUUGAACAGCGAGAACAAGAAAAAGCUCCAGGCUUGAGCCCUCUCUAGAAAGUCUGCGUCUCCCAGCGAGCAACUUGAUGCACGCUUCUGCCGAGUAACGCUGAUUGGCUGAAUGUGAAAGAGGGAAGGGAAGGCCGGAAGUACAUCCGGGGGAGUGGAAAUACGGGAGGAAAGGCUCAGGUCCGGGCAUCUAGAGCGACCGCUCUGCUCCGCGUCUCGUUGGUUCCGGAGGCCGCUGUGGCAGUGGGAAAUGCUGGCGCGCUCGGUGCGGGCGUCUGGGGCCCUUUUGCUGAGGGGCUCCGUGCAGGCUUCUGGCCGCGCUGCGCGCCGCGCCUCCUCUGGAUUGCCCCGAAACACCGUGGUGCUGUUUGUGCCGCAGCAGGAGGCUUGGGUGGUGGAGCGAAUGGGCCGAUUCCACCGCAUCUUGGAGCCUGGCUUGAAUAUCCUCAUCCCUGUGUUAGACCGGAUCCGAUAUGUGCAGAGUCUCAAGGAAAUUGUCAUCAACGUGCCUGAGCAGUCUGCCGUGACUCUUGACAAUGUAACUCUGCAAAUCGAUGGAGUCCUUUACCUGCGCAUCAUGGACCCUUACAAGGCAAGCUAUGGUGUGGAGGACCCUGAGUAUGCUGUCACCCAGCUAGCUCAGACAACCAUGAGAUCAGAGCUCGGCAAACUCUCUCUGGACAAAGUCUUCCGGGAGCGGGAGUCCCUGAAUGCUAACAUCGUGGAUGCUAUCAACCAGGCUGCUGACUGCUGGGGCAUCCGCUGCCUCCGUUAUGAGAUCAAGGAUAUCCAUGUGCCACCCCGGGUGAAAGAGUCCAUGCAGAUGCAGGUGGAGGCAGAGCGGCGGAAACGGGCCACAGUUCUAGAGUCUGAGGGGACUCGAGAGUCGGCCAUCAACGUGGCAGAGGGGAAGAAGCAGGCACAGAUCCUGGCCUCUGAGGCAGAAAAGGCUGAACAAAUAAAUCAGGCAGCAGGAGAGGCCAGUGCAGUUCUGGCCAAGGCCAAGGCUAAAGCUGAAGCUAUUCGCAUCCUGGCUGCAGCUCUGACACAACAUAAUGGAGAUGCAGCAGCCUCACUGACUGUGGCUGAGCAGUAUGUCAGCGCAUUCUCUAAACUGGCCAAGGACUCCAACACUAUCCUGCUGCCCUCCAACCCUGGCGACGUCACCAGUAUGGUGGCUCAGGCCAUGGGUGUGUAUGGGGCCCUCACCAAAGCCCCGGUGCCAGGAGCCCAGGACUCAGUCUCCAGCAGGAGCAGCAGAGAUGUCCAGAGCACAGAUGCAAGUCUUGAUGAGGAACUUGAUCGAGUCAAGCUGAGUUAAUGGAGCUGGGCUUGGUCAGGGAGGCUGGGGACAGGGAAGCAGCACUCCCAGAUUCUGGCUCUAGCCUCCCUGCCAAGAUUUUGGUUAUUAUUUUUUUAUUUGAACUUUAAUCAUGUAAUAAACUCACCAAUGGCAAACCAAAA